CAUGUAAUCGUCGGUAUCACUAUAUCGUUUAGUGGAAAACCUCGCUCUACAAUCCCCCAGUUUCUCAACAAUGGCGACUUCACUUGCUCCUCUGAUGAAAAUUAGCUUUGCAAAUGUUACCAACAAGCCCAAGUUUAUAAACCCUAGUUCCUGUAAUUCUCUCAGAUUAAGAAAAUUAUCUUCUUCUUCUAGUUUCUCUGGUUCCGUAUUGCGCCUUACAUCUUCAUCUCCAUUUCCUUCUAUUCAGAGAAGAAAUGGUUUUGUUACACAUGCUUCUUCUCAGGAAGUGGCAUUGCAAUCAAAAGUUACACACAAAGUAUAUUUUGAUAUAGGAAUUGGUAAUCCUGUUGGUAAGGAUGUCGGCAGGGUUGUCAUUGGUUUGUUUGGUGAUGAUGUCCCGCAAACUGUAGAGAACUUUCGGGCUCUUUGCACAGGAGAGAAGGGUUUUGGGUACAAGGGUUCAGCAUUCCACCGUGUUAUUAAAGAUUUCAUGAUUCAAGGAGGAGACUUUGAUAAGGGAAAUGGAACUGGAGGUAAAAGCAUCUAUGGUCGUACAUUCAAGGAUGAGAACUUCAAACUGGCUCAUGUUGGACCAGGAGUUGUUAGUAUGGCAAAUGCAGGACCCAACACCAACGGAAGCCAAUUUUUCAUUUGCACUGUCAAGACUCCGUGGUUGGAUCAGAGGCAUGUGGUGUUUGGGCAAGUGUUGGAGGGGAUGGACAUUGUAAAGAUGAUUGAGGCCUCAGAGUGCGACAGAGGUGAUCGUCCUAAAAAGAAAGUGACUAUCAAUGAAUGCGGCGAGCUUCCAAUUGUCGCCUAAAAAGUUUGAAAGCCGAAUACGGAUCACUCUGAUACAUUAAUCCGUUUAGAGAUCUAAAUUUUUUAUCAUCUGUUGCAUUGCCGAAGAAAAAGGCUUUUACCUUUGUCUUUUGGAGUGAGUGCAUUUUGUUUGUGCUGACUUGAUACAAGUCCUACUAUCAGCAAUAGAGAAAUAUGAGGUUUGUGAUAUUGGACUCUUAGUUUUUGAAUUUCGAAGAAACUUGAAAUUAGUAUUA